AUGAGACAAGCGUCUUGUCAGUUCAGAUGCUAUACUGACGGCAGUCAAGGAGGUUGCUACUGUGAUUCCGUGUGUCCAGAUUUUGGCGACUGCUGUCCAGAUUACAAUACCUAUUGCGUCCAUUCAAAUCCACAUAAUAACCCCGGCCUGGCUUCCUGUCAAUUCCGGUGUUACCAAUCGGGCAGUCAAGGAGGUUGCUAUUGUGAUUCCGUGUGCCCCAGUUAUGGCGACUGCUGUCCAGAUUACCAUACCUAUUGCGUCCACAAACAUCCACAUUAUGGCGCUGGUAAAGCCUCCUGCCAAUUCCGAUGCUACUCAUGGGGCAGCCAAGGAGGCUGCUAUUGUGAUUCUGUGUGCCCCACUUUUGGUGACUGCUGUCCAGAUUACAAUAUCUAUUGCAUCCAUUCACAUCCACAUGAUAGCUCCGGAGAAGCAACUUGCGUUGAUAGAUGUUACUCCUGGGGCAGUCAAGGAGGAUGUGCCUGCGACUCGGCGUGUACACAUUAUGAAGACUGCUGUUCAGACUUCACUACUGUCUGCAAACGCACACCUGCUAAUGAUACCUUUGGAGACGCUUCUUGUCAGUUCAGAUGCUAUACUGACGGCAGUCAAGGAGGAUGCUACUGUGAUUCCGUCUGUCCAGAUUAUGGCGACUGCUGUCCUGAUUACCAGACUUAUUGCGUCCAUUCAACGCCAGAUGACUCUGGUGAAGCAACCUGCGUUAACCAAUGUUACUCCUGGGGCAGUCAAGGAGGAUGUUAUUGUGACUCGGCGUGUACGUAUUUCGGUGACUGCUGUUCAGACUUCACUGCUGUGUGCACACGCCAACCUGGACCUAAUAUCCCUGGUGAUCCUUCUUGUCAGUUCCGAUGUUACACAUGGGGCGGUCAGGGAGGCUGCUAUUGUGAUUCCUCGUGCCCGUAUUUUGGCGACUGCUGUCCAGAUUACAAAUCAUAUUGCGUCCAUUCCAAUCCAGAUGACUCUGGGGAAGAUAAGGACUCUAAAGAGAGAAACCCUUGUUAG